AUGGACGAAAAAGAGAACAUGUUUAUGAGCCCUCGACGUAAAUCACAGAUGGAGAACUACAGAAAGACUCCAGAUUGGAAGCAGCGUUACAAAAAUCGCUGCAAAAUGCGUCUCCAGGAUAAUCGAACAAAACUGGUCGAUAAAUUCCGCGGCAUAAGCCUUGUUCAAGAAGUCAUGAAGUCGGAAGCUGCUGAUAUGGGCAUGACACCAGACCAGUUGAUCGAACUUGACAUCAAGUUCUUCCAGGAGAUUGAAGAAGAGCUUUUGCAGGAGGAGGCAGCUCUUGCGAUGGGUUACGAUGAACCAAUUGAUGAUUCGCCUGGGGGACCACCUUGUCCUGGCUGCCAAAACUCGUUUCCCGAUGAUGGUGCUGUCUUGACCUGCAAUAAGUGUUGUAUAAGAGCCACCGUAUCCACAAACCCGCCGAUGAAUCUCAGCGACAUUUACAACGCGUGGUUUGGAAAACAUAUCGAAGUCUGUACCUGGCCAGCUGAUGUCUUCAUUAUCGACAACAAGAUUCUCAUCUCCUGCGGCGGCUGUGGAAACAAAGACUUCCUUCCAAACGUCGCCAUCGUUCCUUACUAA